UUUUUAUCAUGCUUUUUAACGAUUUUAGUGUAGUUUCUGAAUAUGUAAAUUUUAUUUAUUAAAAAUAAUCAGAAUGUUUUUUUCAAAAAAAAUAAUAAUCAGAAUGUUAACAAAAUUAAAUUGUUUUAUCACCCGUACUAAUUAGUCUUCAAUAACGAGUACUAAUUAAAAAGAGUGGAGGAUAAUGUAUCUGUUAGUGAUAUGACUGAGCAGAUACAUGCGAAUGGCAGAUGAAUUAACAGAUUUGAUGUUCCGAUAUGAUAUAUCUCAUCAUCAUAAUUUAGUCUUCAAUUUUCUGCUUAUAUGAUUGACCAUGGAAUUGUUUGUAAAUGACUAGAUAUUCAUGUGUCACAACUCACAAUAUUGUUCUCUUAGUAUUUAUAUCAAAUUUAUACGUAGUAACAUUCAUGUUUAAUUUUGAGACCUUAAUGAUUUUAAUUUCUUAUUCUAUAAAUAUUACUGUGACACCACUAAUUUAAUUUCGAUCGGCUCAUUGAAAAAAGUACAGCUCUUAUGAUUUGGGAAAGUGGGAUUAGCUUUGAAUUUUUAGAAAACUGUGCAGGUCAUGUCCUAUUCUUCAAUACGAGUAUUUAUCUUAGAGUAAAGCUAGAUGAAUUUUUUACCGCUACAUUUUUUGUUACAUUCAUUUAUGGCAUGCUUAAAUCAACCCUUAAUAAUGAUUGUUUGCCCGGUAGUUUGCAGUUUGCACAUUAAAAUUUAGAACCGUAAAAUAUUUUACAAAUUUAGAACCGUAAAAUAGUUUACAUGUAAAAUAGAAAUACACCGGUUGGUCAUGUGUGUAAUCUAUUUUUGAAUUACACGCAGACGCUUUACAUUGUUUGUUGUCAAAUAAGUUUACAGGUAAAAUGUUCAGAGAAUAGCUCAUUCAACGUGCCAAAGAACUUUUGAUUACCGUGGAGCAACUAGAUCAUCAUCUGCAAAGUGAUUAAUCACUACAAAAUUGUAAUUUCAUUUGAAGCAACUAGAAAAGGAUUAAUCACUAAAAAAUUACUAUUCUACUUAAUCAAAUACUAGAAAUAAUUCUUAGAAAGUCACUAAACAUGACUUUUAAAUUCAACUAAACAUCAAAUCUCAGAAUAUAAUUCAAACCUAAAGAUACAAUUUUCGAAUAUAAUAUACUACGUAUAUCUAUUGUAGAAGCUAACCUGUUCUUUUUUUAAGUUAACCUGUUUCUUAAUUUAGAUGGAGAGCAGAUUUUGUUUUCUUAUAUACUACGUACAAGGAGAAAAGAGAAUUUUUGCUUUGCAGUCAUAAUGGAGUCUUCAAAAUCACUUGCUUUGCUGUCUUCAGAGGAGAAGAGCAAUUUUUUGCCGUAAUAUAUACUUUGUAUUGCUUUGCCGUCAUAGGAGUAAUAGAGUAAUUAUACUUUAAUUAGGUUUCCAUAUUUCUUAUGUUUCCUAAUGUACUCUGAACACCUCUUAUUAUAUAUAUGACAUCUAGGUCUACCACAUUGGUAAGCCUCUCAUUUAUUCUCACAUGGUAUCGAGAGCUCUAGGUUUUUAGCCAAUUACUAAUUUUUUUCGGUUCGAUGGCCUCUCAAAAUACUUCUGCAGCUGUCACCAUGCCUAUCGGCACCACCACUGAUUCCAUUAUGGUGACCGAUUCUCCGAGUCCCAACGCGGUGGAAACCUCCACGGUUUUUUCCGACCAGCAGCGUGGCGCCAUUGAUCCACAAUGAGCAGCCUUUUUCUUCGGUCCCUCACUCCGAUUUUUCAGCCGCAUGGAUACCUCCAAUAUUUACAUGGACUCCGACGAAUCCCACCACCCACCCGUUGUCGUCCCACAAUUCCGCCAUACCUGAAUUUAGCGUCACCGACAGUCAACGCUUCGCCGGGACCACUCUCUCUGGACAUCUGGGUAGGCACUCGACCUCCUACUAUAACGUUGCCCACGUUGUUUGCUACUCUUGCUCAAGGUAUGGGUUUUGGUGCUUCUUCCAUCACUACUAUUGUCACCAUCAAAUUGUGUAAAGUUGAAGAUUAUUUACCCUGGCAUACUCAGUUUGAGUCCUUUUUGGUCUCAAACGAGCUCUUGGGUAUUCUUGAUGGCUCCCCUUCCGGCACCACCUCUUUAUUCAUAUGACUUGUAUCAAAUCCAGAAUAUUAAUCCCGAGUACUACCACUGGCUGAAACUGGACCAAACGGUUCGUUCAUGGUUGUUCGCUACAUUAUCUAGGCAUAUUCUGAUGGAGGUUCAUUCUCAGAAAAAUUCGACUGCUAUAUGGCAAAAAUUAGAAUCCCGAUUUAUGGCAGCCAGUUUGGCCAGAUCAAUGGAACUCAAACAAAUGUUAACUCAUACCAAGAAAAAGCCUAACCAAACCAUGGAUCAAUACAUGGGCGAAAUUUGGACCAUUGCUGAAAAUUUAGCAUCUAUUAAUUCCCCUGUUGCUAAUCAUGAUCUCCCGCACUAUGCUCUUAUGAGAUUGAGUCCGGGUUAUGAGUCACUUGUUGGACCCCUUACUCUGUUUCCUGAAGGUCUUACGUUUGACAAACUUUGCACUAAACUUGUACAUCAAGAGGCUCGGCUCCAAUAUCAACAAAAAUUGGAAUCCAGCAUUGGUACACCGGCCUUUACAGCAUCAUCGUCGCAAGGGGGUCAUAUGGUUGCACCUUCAUCAGGGGGACAACAGCCGCAUCGAGGAGGCAGAACCGGUCGGGGUCGCGGUCAACAAGGUCGAGGUCGUGGUCGCGACAGAUAUCAGAACUACCAGUAGCCGGGUCCGCCGCAGCAGUUCCCUAGCAACAGUUUCACGGGCAGCAGUCCUUUGGCGGGCAACAUUCUUUCGGCGGGCAGGGAGCUUUUGGUGGCAAUGGACAAAAUUAUAGGGGCUCUGGGAGAGGUCCUCAUUCGCAGCAUUCAACCGGAACACCGGGAUUCCCCUCGGUUGAGAAUAGUUUUGGUUCUGUUCCUCCUCCUAUCGCCUGUCAAAUAUGUCAUUCUCCAGGUCAUUCUGAUGUUGCCUGUCCAUCCCGUUUCGCUCAACCUUCCACUCCUGCUUUGGCCGUCCCUACGGGAGAAUCUGCUCCAGCUGUUUAUUACCCCGACUCCGGUGCUUCUGCUCAUAUGACUGCUAAUAAAGGUAUUUUAGAAAAUAAAUCUAUUUAUUCUGGACCACUAAAAGUGACGAUUACAAACGGUUCUACUUUGCCAGUUAUGACUAUUGGUGAUUUGCAUUUAACUACUCUGCCUCGACCUCUUCAUUUAAAAUCUGUUUAUCACGUUCCUCAUCUCAAAUAUAAUUUAUUAUCUAUUCAAAAAUUAUGUGCCGAUAAUAACUGUUUUGUUAUCUUUGAUCAAACUUCUGUUUGUGUAAAGGACAAAAUAUCGGGGAAGGUGCUUCUUCAAGCUUCCAGUAAUUGCGGUGUCUACCCUAUCUCUUUUCCAUCCUCUUCACCAAUUGCUUUUAGCUCUCAUAUUGCUCCUGGACCGAUUUGGCAUCGUCGUUUGGGACAUUGUGGCAGCCGUAUUUUAGAUAGACUUAGAAAGUCCGGAAAUAUUCUUAGUACGUCUAGUUUUUCUCAUGAUUGUAUUUAUUUCUUGUCGUUUAGGAAAAUCACAUCGGUUACCUUUUCAUGAAAUGUGGCAUAGGUCUACUACUCCUUUAUAUUUAAUUCAUUCUGAUGUUUGGCAAUCUCCUGUUAUUUCUCCGAAUGGUUUUAAAUAUUAUGUUCUUUUUAUUGAUGACUUUUCUCGUUUUACCUGGCUUUACCCAAUGCGUAAUAAAAGUGAGGUUGUGAGGCAUUUUCAAGCUUUUAAACUAAUGGUUGAAAAUCUGCUUGACUCUAAAAUUAAAAAUUUUCUAAGUGAUGGAGGGGGUGAGUUUGAUAAUUAUGGUAUGCGGAAAAUUUUUCUGAAAAAUGGCAUAUUAUUUCGCAAAUCAUGCAUGUCCCGACACCCCUGAACAAAAUGGGGUUGCCGAACGUAAACAUAGACAUCUACUUGAAUUAACCCGCACUAUGCUUUUUGAGGCUAAGCUGCCGACUACUUUUUGGGUAGAUGUCAUGUUUACAGCUACCUAUAUUAUUAAUCGUCUCCCUACUCCCAAUUUAAAUGGUGCUACUCCUUUUGAAAAAAUUAUUUCAUCAUCCUCCUGACUUCUCUUUUAUGCGCAUAUUUGGGUGUGCUCGUUUUCCAAACUUUAAUGCCACCUCUUCAAAUAAAUUAUCUCCUAGUUCCACUUUAUGUGUAUUUUUGGGAUAUGCUCCUGAAUAUAAAGGUUACCGGUGUCUUGAUCCUAUUUCUGGCAAGAUUUACAUCAAUAGGAAUGUUCGUUUUCAUGAAGAUUAUUUUCCAUAUUCCGACGUAAUAUCUCUUUCAGAAAAACCGGUCUUGCCACAAUUGUCCUCGAUCAACACGGUUCAUGAUUUGUGUGUAAUUUCCGGUUGUAUUUGUACGUUUUUAAUUAGUUUUGUGAUUCGCUAGUUUGGAAAUUACACACUUUUGGUGUAAUGUUUUGUUUCUUUUAAAUUGGUGUAAAUUGUUUAGAUUAGGAUUUUUCUGAGCAUAGGACAUGUUGAAAGCCUCAAGGGAUCAAGAAGUGGAUCCCAAAAGACCAAAGAAUGUGCAAAGGGACAAGAUCAAAAAAGGAUUUGAAAAAUAGUUCAUAUACCCGGUUGGGUAUAUGCAAUACCCGAUCGGGUAUUGAUCCGAUUUCAGUGUCAAAAUCAAAUCUGGGAAAACAAAUUAAAUGAUCGUGGGAAAAUAAUAUUUGAAGAUCCGGUCGCAUACCCGAUCGGGUAAACCGACACACCCGAUCGGGUAUGAGUGAUGUUUUUCACAUUCUCGGAAGCUGCUGAGUACCCGAUCGGGUACCCUAAACACCCGAUCGGGUAUAUGAUCCUGUCACCUUCAUUUCCCUAUAAAUACACCCUUUUUCCUUCACAUUAGAUCAUCCCUUCUUCCAUAUACUUAAGCUCAGUUUAGAAUAGUUAUUUCUUAUAUUUUUAUAGCAUGUUUAGUCUCCAAAUGAGGAGCUAAACUUUCAUUUCUUGGUUUUGCUCUUGAAGCUUGUUGAUUAUUAAAUUUGUGUGUUAUUUUCUUAACUUCUUCUCUUGAUUAUUAAUUCUUCCCUUAAUCUCAUUCUAUAUUAAUGUUGGAGGGUUGCUAAGUGACGAUUAGUUAACGUUCCGACAUUAAUUAUUACUAGAAACGAUCAACGAACCGAUGGUUAAUCGUUGAUGGUUUCACAAGUAACUUUGGUUUAUUAAUGCAUGGUCGUGGUUGAUAAAUUUAAGAGGGAUUAAUUUUGUUGGUUAAACCGAAACCAUUGUGUUGAGGUUAUCAAUCUCAAUUGAUUUCAUCAAGGAGUUAAAGAGAUUAAAUGCUACUAUUAUAUCGGUAUACAGCGUUGUUCUAUAUUUGAUUAAUAGUAAGGGUUAUUAAUGAACGGUCGUUGUUAAUAAUUAUUACCCUCGAUGAAUUGGAGAUACUCCUCAAUUGAGUAUUCGAGAUGGGAUAAGUUAUAGAUAUAACAAUGAUCGACUAAAAUAUAUCAACAAGUGGAAAGUAGCAAGACCAAGUCCCUUUUAUUCUUGAAUUUAAUCUCAUAUAAGUCGUUCAUCUUCGUGUUUAAAUUAAUUAUAUCACUCAAUCAACCCCCCCCCCUUUAUUCACUAGUUUCAUAAAAAGAGAAUUAUUCCUUUCCAUGUGGAUACGAACUCUACUUCACUAUACUACGUAUUAGUGCUAGUAUCGAAUUUAUUUUGACGCACCGUGACAAAGAGCUCGUCAGUUCGUCUUCAUGCAAGCAACCCAUCAUCCAUUAUUCCUUCUUCCCCACCUACUGCUAACUCCCUGCGCUUCCUCUUCAGACGCAGCAGCCGCCCCAGGUUGUUUCCCCUCACCAGCCAGCUUCACCACACACACCGCCCACUUCCGUCUCUCCCUACUCCAGCCCGCCAACUAUCCGAUCAGCCAGCACCCCAAACCAGACUACUACCUCCACACCCAGUACGCCAACAACCACAACAUCACCUAACCAAUCCACUACCUUGACCGAUUUGCCCUCUCCUACACCGCCAUCUUCUCCACCCGGUUCUUCCCCGGUAAAUUGUCAUCCCAUGCAAACACGAGCUAAAUCUGGAAUUUUUAAGCCCAAAACUAUUUUUAAUCUUAAAGCAGAUAUUGCGGCAUGUGAUCCUUCAUGUUUUUCUAUAGCUAAUAAGGAUGCUAAAUGGCGAGGUGCUAUGGCUGAAGAAUUAAAUGCACCUAUUGAUAAUCAUACUUAGGAUUUGGUUCCGUUUAAUCCUCAUAAAAAUGUGGUUGGGUUUAAAUGGAUUUAUAAAACUAAAUUUAAUUCUGACGGGUCAGUUGAUCAGUAUAAGGCGCGUCUGGUGGCACAAGGGUUUACUCAACAAGUUGGUGUAGAUUUUUCUGAGACUUUUAGUCUUGUUGUUAAGCCCACUACUGUUCGUAUAGUCUUAUCUCUUGUUGUUUCUUUUCGGUGGGCUAUUCGUUGGUUAGAUGUUAAAAAUGCCUUUUUACAUGGGAAUCUGACUGAAGAAGUUUAUAUGCGUCAGCCUCCUGGGUUCAUUCAUCCACAGUUUCCGCAUCAUGUUUGUCGUUUCAGGAAAGCUAUUUAUGGUCUCAAACAGGCUCCAAGAGCCUGGUUUUAUCGCUGUAGUAGUUUUCUGUUGACACAUGGUUUUGUAUGCAGUAAGUCUGAUAAUUCUCUGUUCAUUUAUCGACAUGGGUCCUUUGUUAUUUAUCUUCUUCUUUAUGUUGAUGAUAUUAUUGUCACUGGUAAUUCCCCAUCCUUUAUUUCCACAUUUAUUUCUUGUAUGGGCUGCUGUUUUGCUAUGAAGGACUUGGGGGAUUUGCACUUUUCCUAGGUGUCCAGGCUGUUCGAGUACCUUCUGGUUUGUUCUUAUCUCAGCAAAAAUAUGUAUCUGAUCUUCUCACCAGGUUUCAUCUUCACACUCUCAAGCCCAUUCGUACCCCUCUUCCUACGCGAACUAAACUCUCUCACACUGAUGGGGAGCUUCUUGCAGAUCCUACUGAGUAUAGAAGUAUGGUAGGUGUCUUACAGUAUUUGACCAUGACUAGACCUGAUAUUACAUUUGUUGUACACUUGGUUUCUCAGUUCAUGCAUGCGCCUCGUACAUCUCAUCUUUUGGCUGUCAAGCGUAUUUUCAGGUAUUUGCAGGGAACUAUUGGUCAUGGUUUGUUACUCCAGCCGAGUACGGCCUCUCCCACUAUACAGGCGUAUUCAGAUGCAGACUGGGCAGGGUGUCCUGAUAGCAGUAGAUCCACCUCAGGCUUUGCUAUUUUUCUGGGGCCGAAUUUAGUCUCUUGGAAGUCUAAAAAGCAGCCUACUGUUUCGCGCUCUUCCACAGAAGCUGAAUAUCGGGCCAUUGCUUACACUGUUCAGGAUACUCUACACAUUCGUUCCAUCUUGUUCGAGCCGGGGUAUCCUAUUCGCGGGCCAGUACAACUUUUGUGUGGCAAUGUUUCUGCUUCUUAUUUAUCAAUGAAUCCUAUUCAGCAUGCUCGCAACAAACACAUCAGUAUUGAUUAUCAUUUUGUUCGUGAGAGAGUGUCUCAUGGAGAUAUGUAUGUUCGCUAUGUUCCUACACAGUUUCAGCUUGCAGAUAUAUUUACUAAAUGUUUAUCUCCACAGCUUUUUAUAUUUCUUAGGGACAAUCUGCGCAUUGUUUCCCCUGCACAGCUUGAGGGGGUGUAAUAGAGUAAUUAUACUUUAAAAAUGGUCUUAAAUGAUUUUCAAAUUUAAUGAGUUUUUGUUAUAA